AUGGGGAAUAAUGCGUCAACAAAUGGGAACUAUAGUCAGGGUGCAAAGUUAAAUGAUCAAAAUAUCUCGUUUCGCAAGUCAAACGCAUCGGCUGAAGGACAAGUGAGGAAAUCGACUGCAGGCAAUAAUAAUAAUAACUCCUUAGAUGAGGAGUUUAGUGAUUUGAUCUUGCACCAAGUCGUCAAAAAUCAAACUAAUAGCAAUAUAACAAAUCAACUGUUUAAUGCAAUUCAGCCUCAAACUCUGAACCAGCCCUAUAACCAGUUUACAGAUGACUUGAUAGAGGAUGAGUUCAACGAAGUAAAUGAUGGAUUGGUAGAGGAAUCCACUUCAGUCUCAAGAAACAUCCUUCCAGAUAAUAAUUAUUUUGAAAGCAAUAAAGAAAGUGGCAUGGGAGAAGAUGGCGAGGAAGAGGAAAACAAUCAAGAAAAAGCGACAAAUGAUACUAGUAUGGAUUUGGAUGAACCAUUCGUUCAAGAUUCCGAUGACGUGGUACAGGAAUUCGAGUACCCCUUGUCUCAAACUCCUACGCCUGACUUAUCAAAGGUUGAUUUUACAAAGAUAACCAGCCAUAAUGCACCGCCUUUGUCGUCAUUGGAGCAAAGCCCUAGUGACCAACAACAAGAACAACAACAACAGCAACAGCAGCAACAGCAACAGCAACACUGUCAACCACCCACAGCAACAACAAUGAUGUCUGCAGCAUCUGUUGCUAGGAAUGCACACUCUCCAUCUCCGCAUCCAGAGCAGCAACAGCAGCAGCAGCAGCAACAGCAAACGAGCUAUUUUCAGCCGAUGAAUUACAACCACAACCAACCGUAUUUGAAUUAUCAACAAAAUGUGCCUAGACAAAACCGCCACAAGUUAGUGAAAAGCAAUAAUCAUCAAGACCAGAUUUUAAUACCCAUUGAAAUCAAAUGGGUCAAUUCAAAUAAGGAAUUUAUAAACAAGAUUUCAAUCAUUGGAUCUUUUUCGAACUGGAGAGAUGUGAUCAAAUUGUCGCCGCUGGCGAAUCACACUAACGAAUAUGUAACUACAAUCAACUUGCCCUUGGGAGUGCACAAGCUACUAUAUAUUAUCAAUAACGAAUACAGAGUGAGUGACCAGUUACCCACUGCAACUGAUCAGGAGGGAUUGUUUUUCAACUGGUUCGAAGUCAUCGACGAUACUCACUUGUUCAAUCAUUCACUUAAUCAACCUAACCACAUUGGUGCUAGUACUGACUACGAUGCUAAUAUAAUUUCAAAUCAGGCCUUGUCCUUGCUUCCUAAUUUCAAUCACCCCCAACAGCACUCAGCAGCAGCACCCCUGCCUCCACAACCACAAGUACAACCACAACCACAACCACAACCACAAUCAUUGUCAACCCCAAGAGCUGCAGGUAAAUAUGAGUUUGAAAAAAUUCAGAAAAAAUCCAACGAGUUAUUUCACAAAAUUUCCAAAGAAGAGAGUUCCAGAUUUGAGCAUAUUGAAUAUUACGAAGGGGACGAUAUUAUGGUGGAUGAAGGAGAUACCGAACUACACAACAAGCAAGUUGAACAACAACAGCUGGUGAAUUAUCCAUAUCAACAACCUCAGGACGUUAAUAGUUCCCAGCAGCAACAAUUCUCGCCUUAUGAGCUAUCUACUUCCAAUUCAUUCAUUAAAACAGCCGCAAAGAUAGAAUAUUCAGAUGAGAUACCGGAAAUGUUUGUAAAUUACGAUUACUUCAAAAACAAACCGCCCGAUUUUGAAUUGCACGAGCCGCCUCAACUCCCACCACACUUAAACAAUGUUUUAUUAAACAAGAUUUCAAAUCAGUCAAAUUCAGCAAAUUCUUCCUCAAACAUGAUACCAGGUCCCCCGCCACUUAACCCAGGAUCAGCGGCAACUACUCCAACAACAACAACAACAACAACAACAGGGAGUGGUCCUGUUUCAUCAAGCUAUGCUCAUAAGAGGCCCCCAUUGCGUCGUGCGGAUAGUUCUUAUUAUGCGUCAAACAAAGAAGACUAUCAUUUGUCCAUUCCUAAUCAUGUUAUUUUAAAUCAUUUGAUGACCACUUCGAUUAAGAAUGAUGUCCUAACCGUUGCUUGUAUUACUCGAUACCUGGGUAAGUUUGUUACACAAAUAAUGCAUUCACCUGCGGACAAACAAUGA